UGAGUGAACUGCCUCAUUGUUAUUUAUUGCAUUUGACUCUAAUAAUACAUUAAUUAGCCGUUUUACGGGUACAGUGAGUGCAAUAACAUACAUAACAGGUCGUGACAGCCAUGCCGAUGUGAGUAAUAUCAAAGGUGUGGCGUGUCGGUCUGGGGCGUUGUUUCUUGGUGUACCAGUGACGUUUAGUGUUACGAAAAAUAUUCCUACUAUCUCGUCGCAAAAUGACCGAGUACAAGUUAGUGGUGGUAGGGGCUGGUGGCGUCGGUAAAUCCGCAUUGACUAUACAGUUGAUUCAAAAUCAUUUCGUGGAUGAGUACGAUCCAACGAUCGAGGAUUCGUAUAGGAAACAAGUGGUAAUAGACGGGGAGACGUGUCUGUUAGAUAUAUUGGAUACGGCAGGUCAAGAAGAGUACUCCGCUAUGAGGGACCAAUACAUGCGGACAGGGGAAGGGUUCUUGUUGGUGUUCGCUGUGAAUAGUGCUAAGAGUUUUGAGGACAUUGGAUCUUACAGAGAGCAGAUAAAGCGAGUUAAGGACGCGGAAGAAGUGCCGAUGGUGUUAGUAGGUAACAAGUGCGACCUUCAGGCAUGGGCUGUGGACAUGACGCAAGCGCGAGAGGUGGCGCGAAGUUAUGGUGUACCAUUCGUAGAAACGUCAGCAAAAACCCGUAUGGGCGUUGACGAUGCCUUCUACACACUAGUCCGUGAGAUCCGAAAGGACAAAGAGAGCCGCGGUAAGAAGUACAGAAGAGGGAACAAACUCGGAUCCCGGCGUACUUUUAAAUGUACGCUUAUUUAAAUUAAGAUGCUAAGUUUUAUGGAUAUUUCUUAUUUGACUUCGACACUUUGGAGUAUUCCCCUUUUAUAGCUCCCUUAUCAAACGUUGAUAACUUAAAAUUAAAUUUAUAUACAUGGUGGUCUUAUUUAGCUCUGCAUUUGACGUUCUUUUGUCAUUAUAGUGCCAUUUAUUGUUAAGAAGGUUUUUUUUCAUAACGCUUGGGAAUAAUUAAUGAAAGUAAUUAAAUUAAUUGCAUAAUCCGUUUUCAAAUUAAUAAAUAAACAUUUGUCACUUCAAUUUUUUAUUUCAAAUGCAGAAUCUAAAUAACCCUUAUUCGUAUGUAUCUCAUGAAUAUCUCUUAUUUGAUCUUACAAAGUUAUCCACCAUUAAUAGCAAUUAUCACAAAUACAUAACAUAUAAAUAGGUAUUAUGUAAUAAAUUACAAUUAAAUAUCAACUACAUACAAUAUUUGAUAACUUAGUAAAUUUCAACAAAUGAUAACAUUUACAAUCCAUUUCAGUAUAAUUUGUACAACAUGUUCAAACAAAUAAAACUAUAAUGAAGCUACUUGUCUGAGUUAUUUUUUAAAAAACAUAGCCUAACAGAGCUUAUUUUAUUAUUUCAAGUUAACCAUUGUUUAAAGAAGUAAUAUUUUAAUGUAUCGUAACAUAAUUUAAUAUUAUAUUAAUUGACGAAACGGACUUUUAAAUCAUUCUCAUAGGAAACUAAUUGACAAACAAACUUUAACCUCGAAAAAAUUACCACGGACAGAGAGAAAGUUACUUUGUGGCAAAUAAUUGUCUCCAGUAUGGUGUCUUUAGCGGACGACAAAACCAAGGGGUACAUUAAUAAUGAAAAAGCUAUAUAUCAAACUGUACGAAGCUGUUAAACUAUAAUAACGUUAUAGCUCAAACCUUUUUAAUAACAUUAAGUUGCCAGCUAUUUGCUCAAGAAAAUAAAAUGAAGCCCGCACUUUCUAUACUAUUUUCUUAACUCUAUGAUGACAAAGUUAUACACUUCUUGGCCGCUAUCACUUUGUUAUGCUUACACUUCACCGUCAUCCUAUAAAAAAAAGUAAAUCAUCCCUAUGUAUUUGGUUUAAUAUUCUAAGACACGUGGCAUAGCGAUAGUCAAAUUAAUUUUAAAAUUUUCUAAUUUAACAGCACUGCUAUCCUUUUCCUAUGUGUGGUUUUAACGAGAGAUUACUUAUUCAUCAUAUAUGCACAUAAAUAUUUAUUAACUUUAGGGAUUUAUUAUCUAGGUAGGUUAUGAAAACAUUUUUGGUACUUGAUAGUUUUUUUCUACAUUUUGUAUAAAGUACAUUGAAAUGGAUUAUUAUGUAAAGAUAGUUGAAAGAUUUUUUUUCGCAUAUUUUUAUACUAAUUGAAUUUUUAAGAUGAGGAAUAACUUCUUUCAAAUUAAUAGAUAUAAGCUUUCGCUAUUCAUUCAUGCGUUACUAGAUAGUGAUAUAUCAAUUUAGAAAUGUUAAGUGCUGAUGAAUGCAAAUGUUAUUAGGUGAGUAAAGUAUAUAAGUAAAUAGACUUUAUUUUUAAAGGCUUUUUUCUUCAUCUAAAUUAUUUAAAUAUGAUCGAUUUUUUGCUAAGAUUCUCAAAAUAUACAUUUGGUCUUAGCAAACCGAACGCUACAAUGGUUGCUGCAUAUUUGCAAAAAUUUAUAACCUAUUGACUAGUUUUUUUUUGCCAAGUUUAAUAUUAAAACUUUAGGGACGUAAAUAUAAUGGAAAAUACUGAUCCAGAAUUAACUCUAGUUACGCAAUGUUUACUCGUUUCUAUUUGUAAAAAAGGGAUUCAACUCUACAAAAUAAAAACUGACAGAUAAAUAAUAUCUAACAACUGUUUCGUGUCAUUGCAGUUUUGUAUCAACUGAUUUGAUUUUAAGCUCAUAUCAAAGUCAGGUAUUUUGAAUAGGUAGGUGCUAAAGCCAUGGUUGUGCGCAAUCUUCUACUACUACUUCUAGAUUUCGUUUUACGUAAGAGGCAUCAAUUACACUGAAUUAAGGCACUGCCUAGAUUUUUUCUGUUUCGAACUGAUCUCGGACGUUUCACAAAUAUUAGAUAUAAAAUACGCGAAACGCGUCCGUAUAAUGACUAGAAUUCUAAUGCUUAUUGAUAAUUCAUUUUUUUCAUAUUACAAAUUGAAUUUGUUACACUCUCAGAAAUGGCAUGCAAUUAUUUUAUAAAUAUAUAAACCACUGUGUUGCCAUUUUAGGUGUAAUAAUCCUUAAUUUUUCUUAUAAUAAAAAAUAUUAUUUGCUCUUUGUUAAACUACUGUCGAAUGGAAUGCAACAUUAAAAAAAUAUAUGAUGAAUGUUUCUGUAAACAAUAAGUUACUAUAAGUGGACAGUAAAGUGCUACCAUAGCCAUUUUACCGUAAUAGUGUUUCGUGACUGUCUUAAGUUGCAUCAAAUUCAUAGUAUGACUGACGCCAGAUAUUCGACGAAAUUUGACAAUUCCGUUACAAGGCACUUGCGGUUGUAUGAAUAUAGUGUCGCCUUAGCACAGUUUAUAUCUGGCGUUAUUUAUGCAUGUUACAUAGAACGAAACUAUCCUUUGAUCCUAUAAAAAAAGGUAAAUUAUUUCUGAAUAGAUAAUAAUUAAUUUUAAAUCAUUACAUAUUCAGAAAUAAUUCUAAAUUGUUAAUAUAAGCAACAAAUAUUGCAACGUGCGCUAGCUUCUCAUAUCGAAAAUAAUUGAAACGAUGUCUAAAAAAUUAAAUUAAAUUGAUAACAUUUUAUAUUUUCUUAAUACUUGUAAGUAAGUUGUCAAGUGUUUUCUAUAAAGCUAGAUAGAUACAUUUACUGUGGUCGGAAUAUAAUAUAUAGAUAUUCUUGUACCAUUUUAGAUGUGGUAUAUAUGUCGUAGGGUUAUUGACCAUUUUGAUGUUAUGAAUAAAUGGCCAAUCCACAUAAAACUUAACAAUUCGAUCAUUAUUUGUAAUCUCACCGAAUGUUUAAAUUACAAAUUUUAUAUGAAUUUGAGACGCCUGACAAAAUUCGUUUUAAUUCCAUACAAUAACCCUGCGAUUUAAUUACAAAAAAUACUUUUGACCAUUAAUCAAAACUCAACUAAAGUUUUUAAUAAAUUAUUUUUUAUAACAUACACGAUAUGUAUAUGAACGAAGCAGAUAAUUUAGCUAUGGUCUGAUUGAUGUUUAUGAAUAGUUAUUUUUCUUUGUAAAUCAAGUGAAUUUAAAAUAUGUUCUUUGUUAUGUCCUUAAUACACAACUGUUUUUCACUCAUAUUAUUUGAAAAUUUUAAUCUUUAUUUUAUUCAAUAGUUAAAUAAACUAUACAUAACAAUAAUUUGUACAAUAAAAGCGCACAGCCUCAUGUACAAUUAACCCUUGAACCCCGUUUUUGCCAACUCUAUAAAAUUGUUAGUAUUUUUAAAUAUAGUUAGUUUUUUUAUUAAUCACUAUCUUUGAAAGGAAUUUAAUUUUUAUUAUAGAAAAUAAGAUUAAUUAUUUCUUAGGUGACUUUGUCGCCUUACAAAUACGUAUAGUCACAUAUAAAAUAGGUACAAUGAAAACAAACGAAUUUUAUACAAACAUUUAAUUUUAUGGUUUGUCAGUUUUGUUUAGGUUAAGUUAUAAUAAUUAUUGUGUACCUUAGUUUAGAAAUGUGUUACAUUAAAUCAUUUAGAAGCAAGCUGCCAAUGGGAAAGUCGCCUGAUUUUUUUUGCCAUGGAAAUAUAUAAACAGUUUUAUGUGAUUAUUUUUUAUAGUUUUAUUAUGAUGAAUUAUAUACAAUCAGUACAACAAUAAAUAUUAUAAAUUGUUUAUUUAUAUUUGAUCUAUUCUAAUUAAAAACAUCAGGUCUGGUCUACUGCACAAUUGUUUAAAAUAGUAGGUAAUUUUAAUUGAAUAUCUGUAAAAAUAGCACAACAGUCGUGUGUGCUAAUGGACAUAAAUAAAAUUGGCAAAAAUGA